GUAAUUUAAUCAACGCAUAUAUAUAAAAAUUAAUCAUUUUCAUCCAAAAUCUAUCAAUCUUUAAAGCUCACAAGGAAUAAAUGCCGUCACCUCUUGUUAUCGUCGGAUAACAACGUUGGUUGGCGAUGUAUUCUCCUAAAUCUGUUCAUCAUCAUGUGACGACACCGACUACGUAUAUUUUACGAUGUCUGGUGGUUGUCAUUAUGAUCGCCGCUGCGGCCACGUUUUUGCAUAUUAACAAUUAUAGGCCCAAACAAACAUUCCUAUCCUGUGACAGACCGUGUCAUCACUUGGAUUGGCCAAUGAUCUGUCGAGUGAAACUCACGUUAGAAGUCUUUCAAUCGCUCAGCAAAUCAUGCGGUGACUGUCCAUUGAAUCAGACGGCUUGUUUAGCCAAUCACUGCGUUUCCGCGGAUGGACAGAGACGAGGUAUACUUACGGCCAAUCGUCAAAUGCCAGGACCUAGUAUUCAGGUUUGUGAAAACGAUAUCCUAGUGGUGGAUGUGAUAAAUCGUCUUCCUGGUAAAGCAGCUGCGGUGCAUUGGCGAGGACAAACGCAAAUGGAAAUGCCUUACAUGGAUGGCACUCCGUUGGUCACACAAUGUCCCAUACCAAGUUACACCACUUUCCAAUAUAAAUUUCGUGCUUCCAUACCCGGCACACAUCUUUGGCAUGCACAUGCAGGAGCCGAUGUCACGGAUGGCAUUAUCGGAUCAUUGAUCGUGAGACAAGCGGACCUUCGGGAACCCCAUCGCACCCUUUACGACAUCGACGAUCCUAAUCACGUGGUCCUGGUGACCCAAUGGCAACAUUCGCUUCCGGAAGUACCGUUUAAUCAAGGUUAUUCGAAACCGGCGAUUCUUUUAAUCAAUGGGAAAGGUCGUCAACCCAACGGACCCACGGUUCCUUUGAGCACUUUCACGGUCAUUCCAGGACGACGUCACAGAUUUCGUGUCGCUAAUGCCGGAGGCGCUGGAGCAUGCCCGGUGACGCUUUUCAUCGAUGGCCAUUCGCUUCUCUUGAUCGCGCUUGACGGACAUCCUGUAGAGCCACGACAAGUCACAUCGAUUACUCUGGCUAAAGGUGAAAGAGCGGACUUCGUCCUCAAAGCGAGCAAACGCAUCGGAUCCUAUUGGAUGAAUGUGCACACAACGAAAGAAUGUGGAACGAGCACGAUAAAUGGCGCAGCGAUGCUCAACUACAAAGGCAAUUCGGAAAAUCCUGCAGCAACGGCGGAAGCUAUCGAUCAGCGUGAUAUUGACGAGAUAGGAACAGACCUGGUGGCCGUGACGACGAAUCCUGCCGAGAAAUGCGGCGACCGAGAGAAUUUAUGCGCCAUGGAUAUUCAAAGUAUCCGUAAAAUUCCGCAGACCCUGACUAAGCCCAGAACGGAUGUGACACUGUAUCUGCCGAUUAACUACAAGAUGCAAGCGACGGAACUGAUAGGUAACGGCGGGACGGAGACGAGAGUGUUGAACGUGAACAACGUCACUUUCACAUUCCCGCCGUCACCGCUGUUGACCCAGGGUGAGGAUGUGUCCCCGGGGAUGCUGUGCACCAACAACAACGACAACGAGGAAGAUCUCAACGAGAGCAACGAGACCAUGUCGCGACGCCGCUGCCGUCAGGUCGGCGAUAUCGGAGCGGGUGACAUAUGCGAGUGCGUACACGUGCGCCACGUGCCACUCGGAGCAACCGUCGAGAUUAUUCUCUUGGACCAAGGUGGUUUGGAUGAUCUAGUUUAUCAUCUACACGGCUACAGUUUUUACGUGGUGGGCGCCCGACAAUUUGGACGAAGUGUAUCACUGCAAGAGGUGAAGAAACUCGAUGAAAGAAGCCAACUGUUUUCGCGGAAUCUUGAUUGCGCAUUAAUCAAGGAUACCAUCGUUGUGCCUAAGUUUGGUGCCGUGGCACUGCGGUUUAAAGCCGACAAUCCAGGUUAUUGGAUGUUGCGGGAUGAGCACGCGACCGAUUGGACUCGUGGUUUAGAUGUUAUCUUGCAAGUUGGAGAAUCUAGCGACAUGGUGGCGCCGCCACAGGACUUUCCAAAAUGUGGAUCCUUUGUUGGACCUGAUUACUUCCUUAUAUAGACUGCUUAAUCAUUAAAUAUAUAAUUGUAUA